AUGACCGAACCUUCAUUCUUUUUGCACUCCUCUGUCCAAGUGCUUUGGGCAGAUGCUUCAAAAAGCAAAGAGAAGUCUUCUGGAGCACAGGAUGGCCAUGUUGUCCAGCUGAAGAACACUUGCAACUGGAAGCAGGGCAACAGGGGUGGCCAAACUCCCCUCUAUCCUCCUAUGUUUUCAUCUUCUAAGAAGAACCAGAACCCAGCCUCAAUUAAGAUGUUGGAGCUCAAGAACUUCUCAACUACUGAACGAGCUAUUACUCUAAACUUUGGUGCUGCAGCAUCACAGAUGGCUUAUCUAACUCAUUGUUCAGUACAGUUUUACAAGAAGGAACAAUGGGAGACAUUGAUAAGUGGUGCUGGACCAUCAUCAUAUGCAGCUGGACAGUCCGACAUAAUACCUGAUGCCAGUACCAAAGAUGCUGAUGUGACUAUGGAAUGGAGUUCAAUGGCUCAGAUCCCCACCCCUCCUUCAACUCAGGUCAAUCUUCCUACUGCCAAUGCCCUGAAUGUUUCAUUUGACAACCUAUUGUUUGGUGACCCUUGGAGUUUUAGUUCCCAUAAUCUCAACUUUUAA